CUCCUCGGAGCUCGCGCAGCAGAGCGCCCAGGCCGUAGUUCCCGGGGGCGGGCAGGCGCUGCGGGCUCCCCGGCUCUCCACCUUCCCCGGCACCCCAGCGGGCCAUGCGCCCAGGCUAGAGCGUAGCCGCCGGCAUGCCGCUCCCGCUGCUGCUCGCCGCGCUCUGCCUCGCCGCCCGCCCGGCGCCCGCGCGCGCCUGCCAGCUGCCGUCGGAGUGGCGACCCCUGAGCGAGGGCUGCCGAGCAGAGCUGGCCGAGACCAUCGUGUAUGCCAAGGUUCUGGCGCUGCACCCUGAGGUGCCCAGCCUCUACAACUACCUGCCGUGGCAGUACCAAGCUGGAGAGGGAGGGCUCUUCUAUUCCGCCGAGGUGGAGAUGCUGUGUGACCAGGCGUGGGGCAGUAUGCUGGAGGUGCCCGCCGGCUCCCGGCUCAAUCUUACAGGUCUGGGCUACUUCUCCUGUCACUCCCACACGGUGGUCCAGGACUACUCCUAUUUCUUCUUUGUCAGGAUGGAUGAAAAUUACAAUCUCUUGCCUCAUGGAGUCAAUUUCCAAGAUGCCAUCUUCCCAGACACACAAGAAAACAGAAGGAUGUUUUCCAGCCUCUUCCAGUUUGCUAAUUGCUCCCAAGGGCAGCAGCUGAUGACCUUCUCGAGCGACUGGGAGAUCCAGGAAGACAACAGGCUCAUGUGCUCCUCGGUGCAGAAGGCCCUGUUUGAGGAAGAGGACCACGUCAAGAAGCUACAGCAGAAGGUGGCCACCCUGGAGAAGCGCAACAAGCAGCUCCGUGAGCGGGUGAAGAAGGUCAAGAGGUCUCUGAGGCAGGCACGGAAGAACAGCCGCCACCUGGAGCUGGUCAAUCAAAAACUCAAUGAGAAGCUGGCGGUUGCAGGUGCUCAGCAGCACCUCAAUGCCCUGGGCCAGAAGCCCCCGCGCGCCCCCUACCUGCACGGGUAGCAUGUGCAGGAGGAUGCAGGCCUGCCUUGUGUGUCCCUUGAGGGAAUAAAUGCGGGUUCCGUACUUGCACUUAUUUCAAACAUUAUAGGAGAUACCCAUUAGGCAUUUGGUAGAGUCUAACUGGGUAAAAUGACAAAUCUUACUUUCUUUCCCAUUGGGUGCUGGGACUUACUGGCCACUCGGCUUCAGACCUUAUUGUACGGCAUGUCCUUUUUUCUGUCCUGGUGCCGCACAAUAUCUUAAAGCAGUAGGAUCUCCGAGUUCUGGGCCAUCUUGAGUCUGGCCUUCAGCCUCAAAAGAGUCUCUUCAUUGGGAGAGAACAUUCUAGAGGAGAACAUACAUGAAGAUAUCACGGGACUCUUUUUAUUUCAGAAGAGAGUCAGUGUGAGUCUCAGCAACCAGAGCUGGCACAAGCCUGCAUUCUGAAGAGACACCAUUUUACAGAGCCUUCCAGAGUAUCCUGCUGCUUUUGUCCAUAGUUUUACAAGCAGGGUGCCCACAUGCAAAUUUGCAGAGACCCCUACUCCAGUCAGAAUUUCCCUCACAGCCGAUGCAUGUUAAGGCUUAAUGAGUUCAUCACAAGCAAGGGAACUGAGUAGGGAACUGAGCGGCUGGUAAUUGGUAAAGGUAACAUAUCAGUUUUCCAACGCCAGCCCUCCAGGGCUGGUAUGAUACCCACAGGCUGCUUUAGUCUAAGAGUAAUUGCUUUUGUGGACAUGCUAUGUUUCAUGACGCUGGGAGUCAAGCAUCUUGUGCUUGUUAGAUAAGCCUCUACUGUUGAGCUGUACACUCGGCCCUACUGUAUGUCUGAACCUGGCCUCUCUUGAUGGACAUGUAAGGAUGUUUUCAACCCUUGUUCCCAAAUUGGAAUUUAGCUCAGACACUGUAGAGUCUUAACUUGGUUUGUUCAGCCUGCCAUGCCUUUGAGUUCAUGGUCAAUAACCCCAACACACUGAGAUUGUCCGCUCUGCAAAUGCAUCUCCCUGCCUGGUGGGAUUCAUUGAGUAAGGGCUGUCUUCCUACCCAGAAUCCCAAAGGGUGUUGCCUAGGUAUACCAACCCAAGCUUCUACACAACCUCCAAAUCCCAGGGUCCCAAAGGGUGUUGUCUAGGUAUACCAACCCAAGCUUCUACACAACCUCCAAACCCCUAUCCCAGAAACACACACAUUGUCUCCUCCAGGUUCCCCUCAAAAGGUCUGUGCACACCCUGAUAGAAGUAUUUGUGUAACAGCGUACCUUCUUGUAAUCAACUCUUUAACAAAGCGUUCUCUUUGGAAAGAGCUUCAAGGCAAUUCAAUAAGAGCAUGCUCACUGCCCUUCCCACUGAAGAGGGAUCGUGUCUCAGCUGUGCUAUUCAGAAGUUGGCUGAGUGGCUGCUGCUGCUUCUUUCCUGCUGAUGGCCCUCCAGACCAAAUGUCCUUUCGUGUUGUCCUUCCAAUAGAAAGAAUCCUUUGUCUCUCUAGUGUCUACCACUCAAAGCCCACUCCAGAUGCACGAGGCUGAUAAAAUGGCCAUUGUUGUCACACAGCUACACUUGUGCUUUUCGGAAGUCCGGCACCUCUGUGAGAAGUACCUUGUAUUGUAUAUGCCCUUGGCUGGACUGGGCAUGAUGGGAACUUCUAUUCUGGGACCAAUCUUCCUCAACCCUCAGCCCCUUUAACAGUGCUGUUCCUAAUUUGCUGCAUAGGUGUGCCUUCUCAUUAAUUCUCCCUGGGAACAUUUAAAUAAAGAGGUUCUGUUGCCUCCCAAGAGAAUGGCAAGCUUAGAGAUGGCAGAGCCAGGACUCAGCGAACUGUGGAAGCCAAGAUGCGCUGUGUUCUGCUUUUCCAAUAAACAUGCGCAGUGGUU